AAAAAAAAAAACUUUCUACACUCUUUCUUUUCGUAUUCUUUCUUUUUUUAUAUAUAUAUGAAUAAAUGCAAUAAUUUAUAAAUAAUUAAGGUUUAAAAANUAAAAAAAAAAAAAAAAAAAUGAGUGUGUUAAGACGGAAACAAACAGGCACAUCGUAUCCUUGGUCACAAAAAAAAAUAUCAAUAUCUAAUCCGUUUCCCCGUUAUGGCCAUUCUGCUAGUCAGAGUGCUACCGAUAAUGAAUUCUUUUUAUUUGGCGGGAUUGUUAGAGGAAAACCUAGAAAUGAAGCUUUUGUCGUAGAAGUCAAUACUCUUAAUGUUCUUGCUUUUGUUACUUCUGGAGAUAUACCUUCAUCGAGAAGUGGUCAUACUCAUGUAAAUAUUGGGAAAAAUGUAAUUGUUUUUGGAGGAUUAAUCGAUGAAUCCACAAAUAACGCCGACGAAAAUUUGUAUAUACUUGAUACUGAAUCAAAAGUUUGGAAUAAACUUAGUGUUCAUGGAACACUUCCGUUAGCACGUCAUGGACAUUCCGUAUCUGUUGUUGGAACAAAAAUGUAUAUUUUUGGUGGUCAACAUGUAGGACGUUAUUUAAACGAUUUGGUUGCUUUUGAUAUAAAAACGCAUGCAUCUUGGGAUUUUAUUGUUCCAAAUAAUCAAUCCCCACCUUGUCGUUCUGGUCAUGUUUCUUUUGCACAUAAAGAAAAAAUUUAUAUAUUUGGUGGUAUUGAUGAGAAUAAAUGUUAUAAUGAUAUAUGGUGUUAUGAUAUUCGAGCGAAUAUAUGGACGGAAUUGACAUGUACAGGAUUUAUUCCAUCUGCGCGUUAUAAUCAUGGAUCCGCGUUAGUUGAUGACGUGAUAUACGUGUUUGGUGGUAGAACUCACGAUGAACAAGAAUUGGGCGAUUUGACUGCUUUUCGUAUAACUAAUAAGAGAUGGUACAUGUUUCAAAAAAUGGGACCUGCUCCAUCUUCAAGAUAUAGGCAUACAAUGACUACUGCACAAAAUAAAAUAUAUGUAUUCGGUGGGGAAUCUGGAAACUCACCUAAACCUGAUGAAGAAGCAAUAAUACAUAUACUAGAUACAUCAAAAAUAAAAUAUCCAUCAUUAACAUCACUACCUGAAAGUCCACAGCAAGGAUUACCGCCAAAUCCUAAAGAAUUUCCCAAAUCACCAAUAUCUUCACCAACCCCUCAAUCUUCUAUUGAUAGUGAUGGAGGUCCACGAUACGUAACUCCAACACCAAGACAAAGUUCAAUGCCAAAAGAUGAACAAAUUUCACCUUACGAAAUACGUACCAUACAAUCACAAAAUUCAACAUCCCCUCGUUCUUUAGUUUCUCUGAUAACACCGCCACCAGAAAAUGUGGAAGGAGGAGGAAUUUAUUCUUCAGCACAACAACAAAUUCAGUCUAGGAUGAGCCCACAGGGAUAUUCAAGAAGUCCUAAUUAUUCACCGUUUCGUCAAACAACAACAAAUGGUAGUAUAUCAUCUCCAAAAGGAUAUGACAUGAAUUCGAUUAUAAUGUCAGAUUCGAAAGGAAAUCCUCCCGAACAAAUCACUUAUAUGGAACGUUCCGUUUCACCUCAGCAACGUCCCAUCUCACCUCAACAACGUUCCGUCUCACCUCAACAACGUUCUGUAUCUCCUCAACAACGUUCUAUACCAUACGGUACAAAUUCUAGUAUUGAGAAUAUUCGAAAACAAACUCCUUCUCCAUUUAGUAAUAUUAGUGGUAUCUUAAGACCAUUAAUUCCAUCACAACGUAGUGCCGAGAACUUUCGUGAAAGCAAUAAUUCUAAUUCUCUACAAUCAAGAAGUGCUAAGAAACAAAGUAUAUUUGAAAAUCCACGUCAAGCUCCUCGACCUCCAAAUUCUUCUCCGUAUGGUACGACUAAUGUUAAAGGAUUAUCACCUACCCUUUCAUCACCAACCCUUUCAUCACCAAUGUCAAUAAAUACUAAUAAUAUAAUUCCACCAAGUCCUAUGACUUAUGAUUCCGCUUCAACAAUCGUGAAUAGUCCUGUUGAAUUACGAUCCCCAACUUCUGACAAAAUGGAAACUUCUUCUACACGUACAAUUAAUGUCGAAUGUGAUGAACGUGAUCAAAUUAUAGCUUCUUACAAGAAACGUGAAAUGUGGUUUAGAGCAGAAUUGGCUUUAGCUAGAAAAUCUGGAUAUACUCUAGAUGUUGAAUGUGAAGAUUCUUUACCUGAAGGUAUUGAUAUUGAUAAUUUAUUGGAUAUGGGAGGAUCAAAUUCUGAAAAAUCUAAGGUUAUAGAAACAAUUGCAAAACUUAAACAAGAAAUAAAGAAAACAAAAGCUUCUGUAGCAAGUCAAUCUCAAAUUGCUUCACAAAAGAUUACAGAUUCUGAAAGAGCUCGUACAGCUGCAUUACAAGAAGCGGUAUAUCUUAAAGCAAAAUUGGUAGCUAUAACGAAUGCAUCAGAAUCUGAAUUAGCAAGUCUUGAAGUAGAACGUGCUAACGAUCUCGAAAAACGUUUAACACAAGCAUUGAUUGAAAAAGAAGAUAUGCAAAAUAGGUUUAUACAAGCUCAACAAAAUUUAGAUUAUGAAAAAACUUCUAGAGAAUCGGCUGAAGAACGAGCAAAUAGUUCUACAACACGUUCGGAAGAAGCUGAAAAUGCUCACGCACGUGUUUUAGCAGAUCUUGCAACUUUACAUUCUCGUGCCACUUCAGCUGAAUCUUCAUUAAGAGAAACAAAAGCUAAAUUAACGGAGGCAACAGCUGAAUUAGCACAAUAUCGUUCUGAAAAUGAUGGUAGUCAUUUACAUUUAAGUCAACUUCAACAAUCUGUAGAACAACAUAAAAGAGCACUUGAAAAAGCAAAUUUUGCAUUAACAGCAGCUAAUGAAAGAACAAAUGAAAUUGAAAGUUUAUGGAAACAAUCAAAACAAGACAUUAUUAAUUUAGAAAAAGAAUCUGCAGGUUUGCGUGCCGAACUUGACGUUAAAAUGAGAGAUUUAGAACGUUCAAAAUCAAGAACAAAUGAUAUGGAAAGAUUAUUAGAAAAGGCUCAAAAAGAAAGUGAAGCGAUGAGAAUAAUGAUGCAAGAAGGAAUGACUAAAUUAUUAAAUAAUCCUCCAAGUCCAAAAUCUCCUAAUUCUGAUACAAAUGAUACUUUAGAUGCUAAUGAUAAACUUAAACUUAAAGAACAAGAACUUUCUGAACUUAAAUUGAUUAACGUUGAAGCACAAAAAACCGCAAAUGAAGCUACUAAUAAUUUAUCAGGAGCUAUGGUUAAAAUGCUUAAAUUAGAAUCUUCUAUUAUGAAAGCUCGUUCUGAAUCUUCUUCAUUACAACGUAAAUUGGCUGAAAGUAAUGAUGAAAUUAUAAGAACAAAAGGACGUUUAAGGGAGAAGGAACGAAUCUUGGAAGAAAAAUCUCGCUCUCUUGAAGAUGCUGAAGUUAAAAUUGGAAUGAUGCGUGAUGUUAUGACUGAGAGGGGAAUAUUUGAAGAAGGUGGUAACUUUACAGGAGCAUCAAUGUCUUCACGAUUUAAAGAGAUGGAAUCACGUUGUGAAGAAUUAGAAAACAUGCAUGCUAAAACUCAAGCAGAACUUAAAGCUUCAAUUAAAAAAUAUAAAGACGCAUUACGAAAAGCCGAUGAUGCGGAAAAUAAAUCAAAGGUCCUUGAGGAAGAAUUAGAACGUGCAAGUAAUGGAGGAUCAUUAAGUUUAUCACCAGAUAUUUCAAGUAAUCAAGCAUUAGAAGAUGAAUUAAAAAUUUCCGAAACAAAAUUGAGUGACACUCAACGACGACUUAAUGAUACCAAACAAGAAUUAAGUAAAAUGAAAGCGGAUUAUAAAACCGCUACAACUUAUGUUAAAAAUACGGAAAAAAUGUUAAGGAGAGUGAAAGAUGAAUUAACAAAGAGUAAUGCAGAAAAUGCCAAAUAUAAACAACAAUUAUCAACAAUUAAAAAACAAAAUGAAGAAUUGGAGGAUAAAAUUUCAGAACUUGAAAAUCAAGUUUCAUUACAAAAAGGUUUCCGUGCUUCAAGACAAGAUUUUGCAAAUGUUAAACAAAUCAUUACACAACGUGAAGAAUUUUUAAAGGAAAAGGAAGAGAUGGAAAAGAAAAUGACAGAAUUUAUUGAACAUGCCCGUGAAGAAAAACUUAUGGCUAAUCAAUCUUAUGAAGCCUUGAGAAGAGAAUAUGAUAAUUUACGUAAGGAAUAUAAAACAUUACGUCAAACUACUGAUUCUAUUCAAGAACAAUUUGCCAAAGCAGAAAAAGAAGUUACAAAUUUACAAGGUGAAUUAGAAGAAACUCUAUCAUUAAAUGAACUUUUAAAUCAACAACUCGAUGAAGCAUUAAAAAAUAAUGGUAACUUGAGAGAAUUAAAUGAAAGACGAAUUUCAAAUAUAAACCGAGAAAGAUGGAAAGAACAAAGAGUAUUAUUGGAAAUACAGAAUAAACAACUUAAAGAUGAAAAUGAAGAAUUAGAUAGGAAAUUACGCGAAUCAGAAAACAAAAUAACAUUGUUGUUAGAUCAGAUGGAAACAGCAGUUGAUAGUUAUCAUGGAAUUGAAGAUGAAAUAAGAGAAAGAAGCCCAAGAAAUUCAAAAAUAAUAAGUAACUUGACAAAUGAAUUGGAUAUUCUUAAAUCACAAUUUGAAAUGCCAAAUAGUAUGACAGAUGAUACGAACGACAGGUGGAGUAAAGUGACAACGAAUGAUUUAGCUAGGGCUUCAUCAAGGUUAGAAGAAUAUGAUGAAAUAAUGGCAACUUUGGAUGCAGUACAAAAAGCUUCAGCUGAAAGAAGUAGAAUGAAUGUAAAUGUAGUUUAAUUAUCAUAAUUUCUAAUUUUUUUAUUUUUUUUUUGGUU